AUGGCAUUCAUACGACGAGCACCUCUUCUACGCUGUCUGCCAUUGGUUGUAUUGUGUAUUCUAACCCCGACGCUCAUCCAAACCAUACACCAAGAUGCCAUGCUUACUUCUUCUAUGAUAUGUGAUUAUAAUGUCGAGCAGAAGAAAGCUGAUUGCCAUGAUCUUGGGUUGGACUCCAUCCCUCAGAAUCUUCCAAACGAUAUUAAAGAACUGGACGUCGGGUCCAACAAUAUCACUUUCAUCUUUAAUUCUUCUUUCAAGAGAUACCCUUUGAUCCAGGUAUUGUAUCUUAAAUCAAACGACAUUAGAAUGAUAGAAUCUGCAUCCUUUCACCCUCUAAAGGAAUUGAAUCACUUAGACCUAUCAUACAACCUUCAUCUUGUUCUCCCAGCUACAGACCUGUUCAGGGGGUCUAAGAACCUGUCCAUACUGGAUCUGAUAUGUUCGAAUCUGAAACUGCUUCCAAACGACACUCUGAAAUGGAGCCCGUCUGUGGAGUCUAUACACCUUAGCUUCAACGAUCUCACUUUCGUUAACAUGAGCCUUUGUGGCAGAGUAAAGAACAUCGACUUGUCAUAUAAUAGAAUCAAGCAUCUCACGGCAGAAUCUUUCAUGUUUGGAUGUCAAAUUGGUUAUGUGAAUCUGAUAGGGAAUCGUAUUAAUUUAGUAGACCCGAACGUUAUUGCAUCGUUGCGUGUCCGAUCACUGGUCCUUGGGUACAAACCUUUGACACUUGAGAUACUGAAGGAUAUUUUUCGCGGGAUCUGUCACUCUGAAAUAGUGGAGCUCACUAUAGGUUAUACCGAUAUCACAGUCUUGCCACGAGAUUUCUUUGGUCACUUACAUAAUUGCUCUCUUUCUGUGCUUAGAUUAACACUGAACCAGGUACAAUCUCUCUCUCCGUACGUGUUCUCAAACCUGACAAGACUCGUGAAACUUGAUCUAUCGCACAACGAAAUCCCAUCUCUCUCUCCAUACGUGUUCUCAAACCUGACAAGACUCGUGGAACUUGAUCUAUCAUACAACGAAAUCAAAUCCCUCUCUCCAUACGUGUUCUCAAACCUGACAAGACUCGUGGAACUUGAUCUAUCAUCAAACGACAUCGUCUCUAUUGAACCGGUAUUCUUUCAAGGCAUGCGGGAGUUAAAAGUUUUGAACUUAAACUACAAUCAAAUAAAAUAUAUAAACCCAAAUACUGACGAAUGGGCACUUGACUUGAAUGAGUUGCACUUACGCUUUAAUUCUUUGACAGAAAUCUCAAAAUUUGCAUUUUUCGGUUUGCGAAAUCUAACGCUGUUAGAUCUGAGCUUGAACGACCUUAUUGCCCUGGAAAUCACGUCGUUUUCGAAACUGACGGGAAUUCAAACCAUCGCCAUGAACAACAUGUAUUGCAGUAUUGGGUAUUUUUACCUGGUAGCCCCGAACUUAACGACCCUUUUCAUGAAUAACAUGAAAAGCCUAGUGCUCGCUAUGCGACCUGGAAUAGCCUUAAAAGAUUUACAAGGCCUUGUAGAUUUGGAAAUAUGUAAUUCGGGGCUGGCGAUAUUUAAUCUCUGGGAUAGAAUCCUGAAUGUCUCUCUUUUUGACGGAUUGUCAAAUCUUAUUAAUUUGAAUCUGAGCCAAAAUUAUUUAAACCAUCACAUUCCAUCUGAAUUUCCAGCUAGGAUCUUCGAACAACUCUCUGCUCUUCAGAACCUUAGUUUAGAAGCCUGUCAUAUUUCAUGCCUUAAUCCAUUAGCUUUUAAGGGAUUGGAAUCGCUUCGGGUGCUAAAUUUACGUGGAAACAUAAUUCAACAACUUAAUUUUGAUAUAUUCAAAAUGUUAGAUCAAGUGACAUUUAUCGAUCUUGGUGAUAACCUUUUGGCAUACCUCGGUGAGCAACUAUUUUCGAACAAUCCCAGACUGACUACUCUUUUGCUAUCAAACAAUAGAUUAACCCGUCUCAACCAAACGACAUUUGAACCAAUAGAAUCUUCGCUUCUAUCUCUCGAUUUGUCAUUGAAUCCUAUCAGCUGUAACUGCGAUCUUCGAUGGUUCCGCGAUUGGAUGAGUGGACAUCUUGACGUCAUUGACGAGAACAGAACAGUCUGUUCGUCGGCAUCUUUAGAGCCUCUUCGCGAGAAACUUUUACUUGAUUUUGAUCCCAAUACACUUUGUGGACUUAACAUUGCUCUUGUAUGCUUGACUCCUCUCGCCGGCAUUUUCUUGGUUGUCAUCGUCGUAGUCCUUUAUCGCAAACGAUGGCAGUUGAAGUACAAACUCUUUCUCAUGAAACUAAUGGUAAUUGGAUAUAAAGAGAUGAGAGACGCCAGGGACCUCAACGACUACGAAGACGCUCGGGUCCACAACGACUACGAGUUUGACUUGAAUAUCAUCUUCUACGACGACGACGAAGAAUGGGUUCGUCAACAACUCCAACCAGCUCUGGAAGAACGGCUUCCGCAGUUCCAGAGGAAUGUCUGUGGUGAUCAAGACCUAAUCCUUGGUAUGCACUAUCUGGACGCCGUCGACUACGUGGUGAGCCAUAGUUACAAAACCAUCAUUCUACUCAGCAGAGCCGCCGUGCACGAUCGCUGGUUUAUGCUCAAAUUCCGCACCGCCAUGGACCAUGUAAGCGACACCCAGACCGAAUUCGUAGUCGUGGUCUUUCUCGAAGACUUCCCUGACGAGGAGCUACCAUUCUUGGCAAGGUUAUAUUUAAGUGACGGCAAACCCUACCUACAUUGGACUGAGGACGUGAGAGGACACGAUUUUUUCUGGAAUAAACUGGUGAAAAAUCUCACCAUUAAUCUUAGGACUAAUGACUUGAUCCCCAACGAGUAG